UAGGGAGAGGUCGUUUCUCUAUAACAUCCAAUUGGUGUGUACCAAACUUAUCAUCUCAAUAUUUGCAUUGCAGUAAACCUACUAAGACACCAUGGGAUAUUUAUGGUCUCUUGUUUUUCCAACACUUUUUCUUUUUCUUUUUUCACUGCUCUUCUCAUCGUCCACUAUCGUAAAGGCUCACCAAUGUCAUGGAACUGAAAGCAAUGCUUUAUUGCAGUUUAAGGAAAGCUUUGUGAUUAGUAAGUUUGCUUCUUAUAAUCAUUUCAGCUAUCCCAAAACUGUUUCUUGGAUGCCAAGCAUAGAUUGCUGCUCUUGGGAUGGUAUUGAAUGCGACGAGGUCACCGGUCAUGUGAUUGGCAUUGAUCUGAGUAGCAGCCAGCUGUAUGGAUCAAUAGAUGCUAAUAGCAGUCUGUUUUCUCUUGUACACCUUCAAAGCCUUGAUCUUUCUGACAAUGACUUUAACCACUCUCAAAUUCCAACCAUGAUAGGUAACUUUUCACAGUUAAGAUACCUCAAUGCUAGCAAAUCAGGAUUUUCAUCAUCUGUGCCUGAUGUACUCACAAACCUCACAUAUCUGCAAAGUCUUGAUCUUUCCCAUUGUGACCUGUAUGGUGAAUUUCCAGUUGGAAUAUUCCAUCUUCCAAACUUGACAACUUUGGUUUUGGCUGAAAACCGAAACCUUAAUGGUGUGAUUCCUGAUUUUCAAUCAAGGGCACUUGUUAACAAGUUGAUUAUCCCUGCAACAAAUUUUGGAGGUAGAAUACCAACAUCCAUUGGUAAUCUUACUUCUUUAAAAUGGUUGUCCAUUGCAGAAUGCAAUUUCCAAGGAUCUAUUCCUUCUUCCUUUGGCAACCUCAAUCAGCUGGUGCAUCUAGACCUUUUUUCCAGCGGGUUAACCACUGGCAACUUCCCAUUGUUUUUUGUGAAUUUCACCCAGCUAUCUUUCUUAGACUUAGAAAGAUGCAAUUUAACUGGUGAGAUACCAUCUUGGAUAAUGAACCUAACAUCUUUAAAUCACUUGCGUCUUCACAGAAAUAUGUUUCAUGGUGAAAUUCCAUACUCUCUUUUUAGAAUGGACAACCUUGAAUAUCUUUCUCUAGGCUUCAACAUGUUGCAAGGCGAAUUAGAGCUUGGAUUGUUUUUGAAGAUGAGGAGGCUUUCUAUCAUUGAUUUGUCUUACAACAAAUUAUCUUUGCUCAACGAAAAAGGUUCUUUCAAUGCUACCCUUCCCCCACUUGAGGUGUUAUUCUUGGACCAAUGCAAUUUAACUGGUCGAAUUCCAACUUGGAUAAUGAACCUAACUGGCUUGCAGUGGUUGGGUCUUCAAGAAAAUUACCUUCAAGGUGAAAUUCCUCAUUUGCUGUUUUCACUGGAGAAUCUUGAAACACUUUCUCUUAGUUAUAAUUCUUUUGAAGGAGAGCUUGAGAGUGACAUGUUUUUGAAGCUCAAAAAGCUUAUUUAUCUUUCUUUAUCCGACAACAAACUCACUUUGCUUCCGGGAAAAAGUUCUUCCAAUGGGACCCUUCCUCCAUUAGAAGUUGCAGGUUUGGAUUCAUGCAAUUUGGUUGAGUUCCCAUCCUUUUUGCAAGACUUAGAUCAGUUGGUAUCUCUGAGGUUAUCAAAUAAUGAUUUCAAGUCAGUAGUACCUAACUGGAUUUGGGAGAAAAAAAGUAUUGAAAGUUUGUCCAUUUUCAAUAGUUCACUGACAGGGGAAAUAUCUCCAUUGAUCUGUAAUAUAAAAUCACUUGUUCUUCUUGAUCUGGCCAAUAACAACUUAAGUGGCACCAUUCCCUCAUGUUUGGGAAGCUCUAGCCAAUCUCUUCAAAUCAUGAUGCUACCAGGAAACAAAUUGUUUGGUCACCUUCCUCAAACAUAUGUCAUGGGAAGUGCCCUUAAGAUGAUUGAUGUCGCUGACAACGAUUUGCAAGGCCAGCUGCCAAGAGAAUUGGUCAAUUGCAGAAUGCUUGAGUUUCUUGACGUGAGCUAUAACAAGAUCAACGACUCAUUUCCGUAUUGGUUGGGAUCACUUCCAGAGCUGAAAGUUAUUGCCUUACGUUUUAAUGAAUUUCAUGGAACUAUAAAUUGUCCAAGUAUAUGCACAUUUCCAAAGCUUCACAUUCUUGAUCUUUCCCACAAUAAGUUUUCUGGAAAUUUGACUCCAAAGAUGAUCAAGAAUUGGAAGUCCAUGACAACUUCCAACAUAAGUCAAUUACAAUAUGAGGAUUCGGCUAUCCAUAUUCCAGGAAAAUUUUGGUUUGCUUAUAUUUUCUAUUCAUUCACAAUGUCUAACAAAGGGGUUGUCACAGAUUAUGAGCAUAUUCAGAAAACAUUUUACUGCAUGGUAGCCAUUGAUAUUUCAAGUAACAGAAUUUCUGGAGAGAUUCCAUCUGUUUUGGGGGAUCUCAAGAGUCUUGUUUUGCUCAACAUGUCCAAUAACUUGUUUAUUGGUGACAUUCCAUCUUCCUUUAGAAAACUCUCAAAUCUUGAAGCACUUGAUCUUUCCCUCAAUAGUUUGUCAGGAAAAAUUCCUCAAGAAUUAGCAGAACUCACCUUUUUGGAGUUUUUCAAUGUGUCCUUCAACAAACUCUCAGGUCCUAUACCAGAAAACAAGCAAUUUUCCACAUUUGAAGGCAACUGCUUCGCGGGAAACCAAGGCCUGUGUGGGAUUCAGUUGAAGAAGAAAUGUGAAGAUGGUAGUUGGUCUUCCCCAACUGGACUUGAUAGUGAUCAUGACUCAGGAUCUAUCGUUGAAUUCGAUUGGAAAAUAAUUCUGAUUGGAUACGGAGGAGGAGUUGUUGCUGGACUGGCACUUGGAAAUGCUUUUGGUUCAGAUAUUCUUAUAUGGUUAAAAGGUAAGAAAUUACUUUGCUAGUUUGCUUUUCUUACCUCUUUUAAGUUAUGUAUCAGUGUGUUAUGUUGUGAGCAAUUGCUAUAUGCUCAUGUAAUAUGUGUAAGCCAUUAAAAGUGAUAGUAGUAAAAGGUUUGAAUAAUACCUUUGUUAAAAGGAAAAAAAAAGUUUGAAUAAUAAGAGAGGUCUUAUGUUAACCUCAUUGUUUAAAAGGUAAGAGAAGAGUCUUUUAUAGAGCAAUGAUAUGAGAAGCAGAUUCAAGUCUGCUCUUACAAAUAGAAUGCUGCAAGUUUGCAACAAUGUCACAUUGUUCCUCAACCUCAUUUAAGUAAGUGUGUUCAGACGUUUUUUACUUGUUUUUGAGGCUAAAAAAAGACAAAUCACAAUUAAUCUCUUGUGUCUGGAAACAUCAUGCCAAGGAAAAUGAGGAUUUGCAAAUUCCUGUUUAUAGCAUAGCGUGUUUUUACAAUGUGAAAAUGGAAUAAUACGUACAUUUGUCUAUAGCAUGAAUCUUAUGCUCAGAGAAGGAAAAAGAUCUAUACGUGAACAAAAUUGAGAAUGAACAGCAACUCUUUAUAAUUUUAAGGACAUCAGAGCUCAUCUUAACACAAUAUUUAAUUUGCUUUGCAUCUAAUCUCUC